AUCAUCUUUAGAUGGAUCGACCACAAACCACGCAGCUCUCAUCACGAUUAACAGUAGCAAGUACCGACACUUUGCUUCGACCGUCACGAUGGCGCCACUAGCUUCACGCCUCUUCCUCGUGGCGGCGCUGGCGCUGGCGCUUCUUCCCGCAUUCUCCGCAGCCGCCAAGGCGCGCUACACCGGCGUUCUAAGCUUCGGGGACUCGCUGGCCGACACCGGCAACGAGCUCGCGCGAACCGGCGGCGGGGCGGCCAGCGUGCCGCCGUACGGCGAGACCUUCUUCGGCCGCCCCACCGGCCGUUCGUCCGACGGCCGGCUCGUCCUCGACUUCAUCGUUGCGGCGCUGGGGAUGUCGUACCCGAAGCCGUAUUUCGCCGGCGAGGCCGCCGCGGAUUUCCAGAGGGGCGUGAACUUCGCCUUCAGCGGAUCGACGGCGCUCGGGCCGGAGUUCUUCAAGAGCAGAGGGCUCACGCCGUUUGUGCCGCUCUCGCUUGCAAACCAGACCGCCUGGUUCAAGAAAGUUUUACAGCUCGCCGGCUCAGUCCACGAGCAGAGGAAGCUCACUUCGAAGUCGCUGGUCAUGAUGGGCGAGAUCGGAAUCAACGACUACCUCGUCGCCUUGAUGGCAAAGCGCACAGGCGAGGAGGUCCGGACCUUCGUGCCGCACAUCGUCGGCGCCAUCAGUUCACUUCUCACCGAGGUGAUAGGUGCGGGAGCGAGAACGGUGGUGGUCCGAGGGAUGAUACCGCUCGGCUGCCAGCCAAUAUUCCUGGUCCUCCUCGAGGGCACCGGCGCCGACCACGGACGGGAGACCGGCUGCCUGACGUGGCUCAACGACCUCGCCAAGCUGCACAACCGCGCGCUGAUGCGCAUGGUCUCGGACCUCCGGCGCGCCCACCCCGGCAGGGCCAUCCUCUACGCGGACCAGUACAGCCCCGUCGCCGCCAUCGUCAGGUCGCCUCGGAAGUACGGGUUCGGGGACAGGCCGCUGGUGGCGUGCUGCGGCGGGAGCGGCACCUACAACUUCACCUUGACCACCUUCUGCGGCGUACCCGGGGUGGCGGCGUGCGCUGACCCGUCCAAGUACGUCUCGUGGGACGGGAUACACAUGACCGACGCCGCCAACCGGAACGUCGCCGGCGCGGUGCUCAGGUCCACCAUAUUGCGCCAGCCGCUAGAUAAAGUGGAGCUAGCCUCCAGCUAGUUUGACAAUAUCCUGCUCAUGCGCCGCGUGGUAUGUACGGGCUGGGUGCACGCGCAGUCCUGCUAAGUGUCAGUCCCUGUUAUAUCCGUGAGAUCAUACAUUGAGAUUUAUGCAACAAUUGUUUUUCAGUUUUUCUUUUCCUCUCUAGCAUGUUAUGUCAUUUGACUGAGACUUGGCUAAAUUUCAGUACCUAGCCACACCCUUAAUGAAACGUAUAUCGGUUUCACUAUUUCUCUGGUGACUGAAAUUUUGUUUUGCGCCAAUCAUUUUUCUUUUUCUUUCUUCUCUCUUGGCCGGACCUCGCCGGAGAAGAACUAGCCCCACCAUCUAUCUUUAAGGUGAAGCCAUGACCCCUUUAUCACUAGUAGAAAACAGGGCUUAGGUCACA